AUGGCAGAGCGAUCAGGUAUCGCUCAUUCUACUCAUAUACAAAGAGAAGGACUAACAUCCUCAGACAACCCUGGCCCGGCCCAGCCUAGCAAUUCUCCUCCUCGUCAUAGGCCUCAGCAGAAGCCGCCCUGGUGGCGCGAAUGGAUGGGACCUCAUAUCACACAAACCCGGCCUUUCAGUGCAGCACAACCGCAAUGGGAAUACGAACUCACUACCCCCGUUCCGACAACGGUUGAAAUCUCACCGGCCGAAAUGGAUGGUAUAAGAGCCAAAGUGCAGAGCAGGCACCUCCGACAAGUUGCCAGUGAUCAAGGCUGCCCCAGAAAUACCAACCAGAAUCCCUCCGAGCCUGAAGGGACUGUCAUCCUUCUCAAACAACGUGAGGUGGAAGAGCGAGCCGCCAACCGUGACAUGCGCGAGCUGUGA